UACAUUAUUUUCUUUUUUCGAACCUUUUGCCUUUGUUUCAGCUAUUGCCGAGCUCAAAUCAGAAAAAAGGGUUACUGUUUCAUUGAUAUUCUAGAUAGAGGAGAGAGUUUCUCUCUCUAACCCCAUUUUCUUGUUUCUCUUUUUUAAACUCUUACUUUUAUGAUUAAAAGUUGGUUGAGAUGGUAAUUGUGUCAUGUAUAAUAGCAAGAGGUCACGUGUUCAAAUCUUGUUGCAAGCUAAUUUAACAAAGUCAUAGUGUAUUGAUGGUUAAACUCUUCAUUUUCAUUUUUAGGGUGAUCCUUGUCUUGGGAUCCUCCCUAGUUUGUUUUUCCGGCUAAAAAAAAAAUUCUUUCAAUCACCAUAAAUUUUAAUUGAAAUAAAAAAAUCAAUCAAUAUAUAUAAUAUUUCACAAAUUUGGCGGAGUAUAUUUAAACAGUCCGUCUCUUGUCUACUGGGAGAUCUCUAAAAAAAAAGUUAAAAUAAGUUUUCAAGUUCCUAACAACAAAUUCAAAGUUCAAACGGUAAGGCUGACCCAAUAACCACCAGUCCUGAUUCCUUGUUAUAACAGAUUUGGUUGCGCCUACUUUCUCUCGCCCACUAAACUCAAAUUAACACCCGUCAUCACUCAUUCUCAUCCUCUCCAUAUUAUCUCUACUCUUUAGUUAAGCCUUUCCAACUAUAUCAUCUCCAUUGUUAAGAUCACCACUCCCGGAUAACCCCAUUACUGACCGACACCUCUUGGGUCCGCUACCAUUUCACAACCGAAACACCUAUAUAACUAAAAGUUCAUGAAUUUGCAUAGCCAAAGGGCAAACUGCAAGAUGGUUCUACCUAGAACGCAAGAAUCAUCAUUUUGGUGUUCAAAACAUACAAAUUCAUCAAAUAACCUACAAUUAUUAUGCAAUGCAUCCAUCAAAUUUGACAAAGGACUGCUAGCUAAAAGAUCGGCCAUCAUAGCUUCCUUGCUUGAAGAAAACCCUGAUGAAGACGUCUAUGCCUUCCUCAAAGAAAUACCAUCAGAACACGAAACCUUAGAACUCAUAGCAAGAUUUUGCCACAACUUCGAUGUCAAGAUGACGUCGGACAACAUUAUAUCCCUCAUCUGCGUCUCAAACCAUCUCAAGAUGACCGAAUUUCACAGUCCUAACAACUUACUGAACAAUGCCAUCGCUUUCUUGCAACAAAAUAUCCUCCCUAGUUGGGACCAAAUCAUAAGAUCUCUUCGAGCAUUACAUGGGCCAACAUUCGAGCAGGCCGUGAAAAAUGGGCUUUUUAAUAUCUGCAUAGAAGCUCUUACGGAACAUGUAGUAUCCGACCCAACUCGUCUGGCCCAGCCCAUCAUGGUUGAGUAUGCCAAUAAUAGCAACAGGCCAAUGAUUGAUAAUAGUAAUGUGACAAGGAGAAAGCUUUUUGCUGAAGCUGAUCAUUCAGAAACUUCAUUAUGUUUUGAAUCACCAUCAGAAGACCUAACUUCAUUGCCACUGAGAAUGUAUGAAUCAAUCAUUGAAGCAAUGUCAGUACAGAAGGUCCGACAAGAGAACAUCGCCGGAUCCCUUUACCGGUGCCUAAAGCGAAACGAAGCUAACAGAGAAGCAAUUGAAAUGGUUGAGAGACUGUUGCCAGAUAAUACUUACACCAGCAAGAAUACUAAAUACUCACUUUACCCCAAUACAAUCUUGUUGGAUAUGUAUGCCUCGGCAGUUUCUGUAGAGGCGAGUUCGGAAUGCCUAGCUUCCUUGGAAAAUCGAAUAGGCAAGGACUUAUAUCGCAUCACAAUAGAGGAUCUCCUUGCCUUAGACCUCGAUGUUGAGAGCAUAAGGCGGAUUUUAAAGGGUUAUUAUGGCAAUUUCACCGACCAUGACUCAUCAGGAUUAGUAGCAGUGGCGGAGCUCAUGGAGGAGUACUUGUUGAAUGUAGCGAAAACGAGGGAAAUAGACGUGAUGAGCUUCAUUGAGAUAACGGAGAUGACAAGUUCAGCCUCGAAUCUAGGGAAUUACCGUUGCUCAGAUGGGAUUUACAAUGCCGUGGUUGCUUACUUGGAGAAACAUAAGGAGUUAAGUGAGUCAGCAAAAGAGGAAAUUUGUAGGGUGUUGGAUUUUCAGUUGAUGUCACCAGAGGCUUGUAAGCACGCUGCCACGAAUCGAGUGUUACCGUUAAGAGUGGUGGUGCAAGUACUAUUUGAGUCUCAGCUGCAGUUAAGAGAUAACAUUAGCAAAGCCGUGUGCGAGUAUCGUAGUAAUAGUAAUGUAGGAGAUGAAGGGAGGCGAGCGGACGAAGAGAUCAAAGUAGUGGAAGAUGAGGAGUGGGAAAAUGAUGAAAGGGAGGAGAUUAAAGAGUGUCAUGAAAAGAAUUGUUGUGAGAAGAAGGGGAAGAAGAAGGUGAGUUUAUGGAAGGGAAUGAAGAGAAAGUUUGGGUGUAUGGGAAGUAGUGAUUAUGAGACUUUGCAUGGUUGUAAUUGCCAAACUACAAAGAAGAACAAGAAGAAGAAGGGAGUCUAAUUAGUGCUAAUUUUGGUUUAGUUUUGUUUGAUUACUUGGUAAAAAAACGGGCUUUUUAGGCACUUUCUGAAUUGGACUUGUUGCUGGACUAAAAUGCCAAGUUCAUGUAUUGAAUCAGUGAUUAUUAGCUGAGUUAUAGUUAAUUUUAUUUA